AUGCGAUUAGCGGCAUACGCUGGGGUCUCGACGACCCUGGCCGCCGGUGUCAUUUUGAAGGCGCUGCAUCAGCGGUCCAACUUCUAUGCAGCUGCCGUGUAUCUUUCCCAGAGUAGCGCCAACCUGAUGAUAUUGACGAACUUAUUUUUGGUUGCCACCGGAUGGCUUCUCUAUGGCCUUCAGCGACUUUUAUACGGACGACUGCGUCCCAUCGAGACCGAGCAACUCUAUGAAAAGGCCUGGUUCGCCGUCACAGAAACAUGCCUUGCCAUGACAAUUUUCCGUGGAGAGCUGGGUGGCUGGUUUUUGGUCAUGUUUGUCUGUCUCCUAGUGGGCAAGGUAUGGGGCUGGAUUGGUGAAGGCAGAGUCGAGAUCCUGGAGCAACAACCACCUGCGAAUCCUCGAUUAUUUCACACCCGCCUCGCAUCCUCUCUUCUACUUUCGGUCAUAUUCGAUGCCUUUUUGCUGGACUAUGCAGUGAAGACUGUCUUGGAGAAAGCUCGUGCGGACAUGAUGGUGAUGUUCGGCUUCGAAUUCGCCAUCCUUACCAUUUUGUCCACAUCGACACUGGCGCGGUACUGCAUCUCGGUUGUGGAAAUAUAUAUUAAAUACCGCCAGAAAACGGUUAAGCUAGCCGAGCGCAGAACAGAAAUCCGAUCAGCCCGAGAACAAGCAAUACGUGAGCAUCGUGAAUCCGGUGCUGAGGGGCCCCCGGAAAACCUUCCAGAUGAAAAUGAUAUAGAUGAAAUGGACCUGGAUAUUCCCGGCUGGGAAGAGAAGGGUCGCUGGGUAUUUUACCUUGACCUGAUUACAGACUUUUUCAAAUUGGUUGUAUAUUUGUCGUUUUUCGCUAUUCUUUUCAUGUUUUACGGUCUUCCCAUUCACAUUCUAAGGGACGUGGUUGUCACUAUUCGCUCGUUCGUGCGACGUCUUGCAGAUUUCAUGCGGUAUCGCACGGCUACAAGAGAUAUGAAUGAGAGAUAUCCCGACGCGACACCAGACGAGAUAGGCAGGGAAGAUGUCUGCAUUAUUUGCCGAGAGGAAAUGGUGGCCUGGCAACAACCAGCUACCGAUGGUAACACCAGAAGAGCUGUACCUGAACGUCUCAGAGCGAAGAAGCUCCCUUGCGGGCAUAUUCUCCAUUUUGCCUGUCUACGGAGUUGGUUGGAGCGGCAGCAGAAUUGUCCAACCUGCCGACGGCCGGUAGUUGUGCCACGAAACCAACAGUAUCGGGCAAAUAACGCCAACAACAACGACAGGCGUGGCAAUGCCGCAGCACCACCGGGGGCUAAUCAACCAAAUAAUGUCCCUGGCGAUGGUCAACCCCAGGCUCGCGUAUACCAGUUCGGGCCUUUCCGCGUUGGAUUUGGUGCUGGAAGGGGAGACAUGUUCCGGAAUUUGCACCAACAGAUUCAUGGAAACAACAAUGCUGCUGCUGCUCCUGUGCCUGCAAAUCUCCCUGCUGGGGCUCAACAGUUUGGAUUCGGAUUUGGAUUUGGUCGACCUCAGCCGCAACAGCAGCAGCAACAACAACAAGCUACGAACAUCUCCACGCCAACAAACCUAGUAAAUAUCCAGAACCAGUUGGCUAACCUUGAACUGCAAAUCGCGCAGGAAUACCAAAGCCUAAGAGCUACUGCAGAACAAUUGCAUGUCUUGCGCGCAUUGCAGGCGGAGCUUCAAAGACUUCGGACGGCACAGCAGAGCCCAGCAACUGCUCAGACAUUUACUGAAUCACAACCAACAUCUGCGGCUUUUGCCCCUGCCGUUGUAUCACCACCCUCUAUCCACCAACUAACCAGUCAAACCUCAUCGCCAAUUCCUGCUGGCGACAGCCGGCUUCCACCAGGACUAGUUCUUCCUCAGGGCUGGACGGUGACACCUCUCCGUCGCAUAGAACCGCCAGUCCUGUCCAUCCCGACUGCUUCUUCUGCUCCUGUUCCUACAUCUAUUCCUGUUCCUACUCAAGCUCCCACUGCGGUGCCCAGCCCACCCCCCGCAGGCCUCGACCCGCAACUUUUCUCUCCUUCUCCUCUCCCUCCUCCAACCGACGAAAUAGAAACCAGCCAAACAAGCUCUAGUGCACAGAACAACACCACUGAUACAGAACAAGAACAAGAACAACAGCAGACAAGCGACUUCAAUCGCAUCAGCCCUUCUUUCGAAUGGCCUGCUGUUGGCACUACAAACUUGGCAUCGUCAUCAUCAUCAUCAAACGAUAAUGAUAAUGAUAAUGACAAGGGCAAAGCCAGAGCAGCAACAGUGGAAGAUGAAGAUGACGACGAGAACUAA